GCCUCUUUUCCUUGCUUCCUUUGUUUCCUCUCCUCCCUCAUCCAUCUUCCGCCGCUCCUCGUCCGCUCCUCGGUCGCGCCUAGUUCUCCCUGCGUCUGUCUGCCUCGGCUCUCCGUGCGCCCGAGAGCCGAUAGCCGAGAGCAGCUCCUUCGUCGUCGUCUAUAAACUACUCACUCCUCCGCGCCCCCAUCCACCCACCCCAAACCCCCUUCUUGAUCCUCCUCCUCCCCUCUUCUCCCCCGCGCCCUAUCCUCUCCUCUUCCACACGAUCCAACCCUUGUCCGCUUCCUCCCCCACCGCAUUCAUUCCUUCCCCACCACGCAAGCGCGCGCGCGACCGCCGCCUCCUUAUCGCGCUGCUGUGCCCGCAGCCGCGUGUGUUGUUGUCUAGCUACCUAGUUGUGGUUGGGGGUGGCGUGACCGGAUCACGCGCGCGCCAUGGCCGCCACGCUCCCACGCGCGGUGGCGCCGCCGUCGCUGUUGCCGCUCCCGCGCGCCGCGCCGCUGCUCCUCGCCGGCCGCGCCGCCGCGCGCAGGCUCCGCGCGCGAGGGGCCAGGGCGCCCGCGCUCGCUGCCGCGCGACGGAGCUGGGCCGUCUCCACCCGCGCCGUGCUCGACGUGCCCCGACACCGGGCGCCACCGCCCGCGCAGAAGCCCGUGCAAGAGGCUGCGGAUUUGAACGAUAUCUUAGCGGAACGUGGAGCUUGUGGUGUUGGGUUUGUUGCAAACUUGAAAAAUGAGCCUUCGUUCAACAUUGUACGUGAUGCUCUUACAGCUCUUGGGUGCAUGGAGCACCGUGGUGGUUGUGGAGCAGACAAUGACUCUGGUGAUGGGGCAGGAUUGAUGAGUGGCAUACCAUGGGACUUGUUUAAUGAUUGGGCCAGCAAACAAGGGCUCCCUCCCUUUGAAAGAACAAAUACAGGUGUAGGCAUGGUCUUCCUUCCACAAAACGAGGAAUCCAUGGAAGAAGCCAAAGCUGCUGUUGCGAAGGUUUUUACAGAUGAAGGUCUUGAGGUUCUUGGCUGGAGACCUGUUCCUUUCAAUUUAUCAGUGGUAGGUCGCUUUGCAAAAGAAACCAUGCCUAAUAUACAACAGAUUUUUGUGAAAGUUGCUAAAGAAGAUGACGCUGAUGAUAUAGAGAGAGAAUUAUACAUCUGCCGAAAGCUGAUAGAGCGGGCUGCAAAAUCUGCUAGUUGGGCAGAUGAACUGUAUUUCUGCUCUUUGUCAAGCAGAACUAUAAUCUACAAAGGAAUGCUUCGAUCCGAGGUUCUCGGGCAAUUCUAUUUGGACCUUCAGAAUGAAUUGUACAAAUCUCCUUUUGCCAUAUAUCAUCGAAGAUUCAGUACCAAUACAAGCCCCAGAUGGCCUCUUGCACAACCUAUGAGGUUACUUGGACACAAUGGUGAAAUUAAUACAAUACAGGGAAACUUGAACUGGAUGCGAUCAAGGGAAGCCACAAUCCAGUCUCCUGUAUGGCGAGGUCGUGAGAAUGAAAUACGCCCGUUUGGUGACCCUAAAGCAUCUGAUUCAGCUAACCUUGACAAUGCUGCUGAAUUACUGUUAAGAAGUGGCAGAAGUCCAGCUGAAGCUAUGAUGAUGCUCGUCCCUGAGGCAUAUAAAAACCAUCCAACAUUAUCAAUAAAAUACCCUGAGGUAAUUGACUUCUAUGACUACUACAAAGGUCAAAUGGAGGCUUGGGAUGGGCCUGCUCUACUGUUGUUUAGUGAUGGAAGGACAGUAGGUGCAUGCCUUGAUCGAAAUGGACUCCGUCCAGCACGCUAUUGGAGAACAUCAGAUGGUUUUGUUUAUGUUGCAUCUGAGGUUGGUGUUAUACCAAUGGAUGAGUCAAAGGUCGUUAUGAAAGGAAGAUUAGGUCCUGGAAUGAUGAUAACAGUUGACCUACAGACUGGGCAGGUGCUUGAAAACACAGAAGUGAAAAAGAAUGUGGCUUCAGCAAAGCCCUAUGGAACUUGGUUGCAACAAAGUACACGUUCAAUAAAGCCUGUCAACUUCCAAUCAUCUCCUGUCAUGGACAAUGAAACGGUUAUGAGACAUCAGCAAGCAUUCGGUUAUUCCAGUGAAGAUGUGCAAAUGGUAAUUGAAACAAUGGCUUCACAAGGGAAGGAGCCAACAUUUUGUAUGGGCGAUGACAUUCCAUUAGCUGUGUUAUCACAAAAGCCACACAUGCUCUUUGAUUAUUUCAAGCAGCGAUUUGCACAGGUUACAAAUCCUGCAAUUGAUCCACUCAGAGAAGGUUUAGUCAUGUCUCUUGAAGUUAAUAUUGGUAAGCGUGGAAACAUCUUGGAGGUUGGCCCUGAAAAUGCCGAUCAGGUUGCUCUAUCAAGUCCUGUUCUGAAUGAAGGUGAGCUUGAUUCGCUAUUGAAGGACACAAAAUUAAAGCCCACAGUACUCUCGACGUACUUCAGUAUCCGUAAAGGUCUAGAUGGUUCCCUUGAUAAGGCAAUUAAGGCCCUUUGUGAAGAAGCAGAUGCCGCUGUGCGGAGUGGUUCUCAACUGCUUGUGCUUUCUGAUCGUUCUGAAGCACUUGAACCAACAAGGCCCGCCAUCCCAAUACUUCUAGCUGUUGGUGCCAUCCACCAGCAUUUGAUUCAGAAUGGCCUCCGGAUGUCUGCUUCAAUUGUUGCUGAUACUGCUCAGUGUUUCAGCACCCAUCAAUUUGCCUGUUUGAUUGGAUAUGGAGCCAGUGCCAUAUGCCCGUAUCUGGCAUUAGAAACAUGCCGGCAAUGGAGGCUGAGCAACAAAACUGUUAAUUUGAUGCGAAAUGGCAAGAUGCCCACAGUGACCAUCGAGCAGGCUCAAAGAAACUUUAUCAAGGCAGUAAAAUCUGGUUUGCUCAAGAUACUCUCAAAAAUGGGCAUAUCGUUGCUUUCAAGUUACUGUGGAGCUCAGAUCUUUGAAAUAUAUGGUCUUGGCCAAGAAGUUGUUGACCUUGCGUUCUGUGGAAGUGUAUCGAAAAUCGGAGGGCUCACCCUUGAUGAGCUGGGUAGAGAAACACUAUCAUUCUGGGUGAAGGCAUUCUCAGAAGAUACCGCGAAGAGGCUGGAAAACUUUGGAUUCAUCCAAUCUAGACCUGGAGGUGAAUUUCACGCAAAUAAUCCUGAGAUGUCCAAGCUGUUGCACAAAGCAAUCCGUGAGAAAAGUGAUAAUGCAUACACCAUCUACCAACAACAUCUUGCAAGCCGUCCUGUCAAUGUUCUUCGAGAUCUUGUUGAAUUGAAGAGUGACCGAGCGCCCAUUCCCAUUGGCAAAGUUGAGCCUGCAACCUCUAUCGUCGAGCGUUUUUGCACAGGUGGAAUGUCCUUGGGAGCUAUUUCCAGAGAAACACAUGAAGCUAUUGCAAUUGCAAUGAAUAGAAUAGGCGGGAAAUCUAAUUCAGGAGAAGGUGGAGAGGAUCCAAUCCGCUGGAGUCCCCUUGAAGAUGUCGUUGAUGGGUAUUCUCCAACACUUCCUCAUCUCAAAGGUCUCCAGAAUGGGGACACUGCCACAAGUGCCAUUAAGCAGGUUGCAUCUGGGCGUUUUGGGGUUACGCCCACAUUUUUAGUUAAUGCUGAACAAAUUGAGAUAAAGAUUGCACAAGGGGCGAAGCCUGGUGAAGGGGGCCAACUUCCUGGGAAAAAAGUCAGUGCAUACAUCGCUCGGUUGAGGAACUCCAAACCUGGUGUCCCUCUGAUAUCCCCACCACCGCACCAUGACAUCUAUUCUAUCGAGGAUCUUGCGCAGUUAAUUUUUGACCUCCAUCAGAUCAAUCCUAAAGCGAAGGUGUCGGUAAAGCUUGUAGCUGAAGCAGGAAUUGGAACUGUAGCCUCUGGAGUAUCCAAGGCAAAUGCUGACGUGAUUCAGAUAUCAGGUCAUGAUGGUGGUACUGGAGCUAGCCCAAUUAGUUCAAUCAAGCAUGCAGGGGGUCCUUGGGAACUUGGCCUUACGGAAACACACCAGACACUUAUACAAAAUGGUUUGAGAGAGAGGGUGGUACUUAGGGUGGAUGGUGGAUUCAGGAGUGGCCUAGAUGUCCUUUUGGCUGCUGCCAUGGGUGCUGAUGAAUAUGGUUUCGGUUCUGUAGCUAUGAUAGCUACUGGAUGUGUCAUGGCACGCAUUUGCCACACCAACAAUUGUCCAGUUGGAGUCGCUAGUCAGAGAGAAGAGCUUCGUGCUAGGUUUCCUGGUGUUCCUGGCGAUCUUGUGAAUUACUUCCUCUUUGUCGCAGAGGAGGUACGAGCCACAUUAGCUCAGUUGGGUUAUGAGAAGCUGGAUGAUAUCACUGGGCGAACAGAUUUACUUAAACCAAAGCAUAUUUCGUUGGUGAAAACUCAGCACAUUGAUCUUGGAUACCUACUAAUGAAUUCCGGAUUGCCCAAAUGGAGCAGCUCUCAGAUAAGGAGCCAGGAUGUCCACUCUAAUGGUCCUGUUCUUGACGAGACUAUCCUUGCAGAUCCAGAGGUAUCCGAUGCAAUUGAGAAUGAGAAAGAGGUUUCGAAGACAUUUCCAAUUUAUAAUGUUGACAGAGCUGUCUGCGGUCGAGUAGCAGGUGCCAUUGCUAAGAAAUACGGAGACACAGGCUUUGCAGGCCAGCUGAACAUCACGUUCACUGGAAGUGCAGGACAGUCCUUUGGUUGUUUUCUGACCCCUGGCAUGAAUGUUCGCCUAGUAGGAGAGGCCAACGAUUAUGUGGGAAAGGGUAUGGCUGGUGGAGAGUUGGUUGUAGUUCCUGUAGAUGAUACAGGAUUUGUUCCUGAGGAGGCUGCUAUAGUUGGAAACACUUGUCUGUAUGGAGCAACGGGUGGUCAAGUAUUUGUGAGAGGAAAGACAGGAGAAAGAUUUGCAGUUCGGAACUCUCUUGGGCAAGCAGUGGUCGAGGGCACAGGAGAUCAUUGCUGUGAAUACAUGACUGGUGGCUGUGUGGUUGUACUUGGCAAAGUUGGGAGGAACGUUGCUGCCGGAAUGACUGGUGGCCUUGCCUACAUUCUAGAUGAGGAUGACACGCUAGUCCCAAAGGUUAACAAGGAGAUUGUCAAGAUGCAGAGAGUGAAUGCUCCAGCUGGGCAGAUGCAACUCAAGGGCUUGAUUGAGGCCUAUGUUGAAAAAACGGGCAGCGUAAAAGGUGCCAAAAUUCUGAGCGAAUGGGAGGCAUAUCUGCCACUCUUCUGGCAAUUGGUACCACCCAGCGAAGAAGACUCGCCUGAAGCGUGUGCUGAGUUCGAGAGAGUACUUGCCAGGCAAGCAACAGCAGUGCAAUCCGCAAAGUGAUCAAGUACCUCUUCUAGUUAAACCCCAAUCGCAACGAUGAUCAAACUAAAAGGAAAGCGUUCUUACUGUGAAACUUCCAAAUGAUUUCUUCGGGACCUGGCGCUCCUUGUGAAGCAUGAACGUGCCCCAAAGGCUGCAAUUUUGUGGAAGCUCUGCCCAAGGCAUCUUUUCGAAAUGAGCUCGCAGAACCCAUCGAGGAUUCUUCUGCACGCACGCUCUUGCACGCUAGGUAGGUGAUCGCCCCUGUAAAUUGGUUUGCUGACGGUUGCAUGGUCCUGUUGGACUGCUGCUCUCUGUAUAGGAUUCUUGCCCUGUGUAAUUAUUAUAUAUGCGGAGUAUAUAUUUUUUUGUUCAGGACACAUUUAGUUCUUACUACAACUUAUACGCGCGCGUCCAGUGGUUCUGUGGUUGCCACUUUCAGUACAGUACAGAAUAAUGUGGAUGGUGAAGUGUACGUUGUUCCUAGGUUGCUUCGUUAAUCAAUAUGACAUGGUGGAAAA